UCGCUGAAUCUCUUGUAUAAAAGGAGACAAGAGACUCCUGCCACUUGCCGAAGUGUCUGCAAUGAUUUCAUUUUAUGAGUUAUGUGAAAGUCCCUGUGUCCCUAACGCAAGGGAUUUAAGUACGAGUAUUGAGAAAUGUGAAAAUACUUUGUAUUGAAUUGCGAUGUGUAAGGUAGUUCAAUAACAGAACCAAUGGUUGCAGUCGAUACCGGGCAAACAAAAAGAAGACUGCUGUUCUUCAUUGCUACAUGGGUUCUUCUGUCUCCAGCUGGUUGCGCAGACAAGAAAUGUGAAAAACCUUGGAGAACUUUUCGAAACGUAUGCUACCUGUUUUCGGAUACAAAUAAUCAGAAGUUUAAAGAAGCUCAGGCAUUUUGUUACAAACAAGGAGGAUUUUUAGCUAGUAUCAGAAACAGUGCAGAACAUGGUUUUAUUAUCAAGACUAUUCAAGGAAUGGGUUCUUCUUAUCAGCGAGUCCGUUGGUUCAUUGGCCUGUAUCAGUACGAUCCAAACGACAAUAAAGCUUAUCGGUGGCUAGAUGGUAGCAUAUCGAAUUUUCGGAAUUGGAUGAGCACUCAGCCCAACUCCAUCUACGAGCGAUGUGCUAUGUUGGAUGGAAGUAACGGUUUUAAAUGGAGAGACGACGUUUGUACUAAUCGAGCCCUUUUCAUAUGUAGAAAAGAUCUAGAUGAAAAUGGCUCAAUGAAUUGCUUCAAAGGUCAUCCACCACCAAGCCAGAUUUUGGAAAAGCGUGGAAUCAGCGUCACCGAAUGCUUAGAACAUUGCCGCGGACAAGGCUUUCCCCUGGCCGGUACUAUUCCGAAUAAGUGCUACUGCCUUUCUCCGGACAACGUAAAAGGGUUGUCUGUAGCUUCUCGUCUGCAGUGCAACGGUGACUGUGCAAACCAACACUGCGGCAAUAAAGAUUUCAUAACCAUUUAUAAUCUUACCUACUACAAAGACACGGCGGAGUCGUGUGAAGACCUGUAUCAGUUGGGUUUUUCUAGUCCAAGUACUUAUGUGACCAGAAAUGGCGAAGAAGAAAAGCUACAAAACUGUUUUACAGAGGAUUUAAGAAACAGCACUUGAUGAAUCCUGAGUCGCUUGAAUUUCUGAAGUCAAACAGAAGAAUGGAAUUCAAUGGAAUCUUGAUGGGAGAAUGGUUCAAUGGAAGAAUGGAAAUCAUGGAACAAAAUUAGUACGAUAUAUAUCAAACGUAAAUUAUCUUCUCCUUAGAGCGUAUCUCAGAAGAGUCCUUAGAUGCUACUUAAGAUUCUAAAUGAAAAAAUCAUAUCAGAUAAUUUUGUAUUUUAGUAAGGCUUAAAUUCUGUGAGCUGUAACGUUUACUUUUGAAAUAUUUUAAUACAUGAUCUGAAAUUAAACUUUUUAUCUAAUCUGAAAUAAUUUGAAAAAUUUAACUAAGCGAAAUUGUUUUUGGUUUAAAUUUAUAACGCUCGUAUUCAACUUUCGAAAUUCUUCAAAAACUGCAUGAAACAUUUUUUCUCAAGCUAGCAUGUAGAAUUUAAACAAUCUAUAAUAAUUACAAGAACUGUGUGUAUUUGUAAGUUUUAAGUUUAUAUAAAUAUAUAUAGAUAUAAAUAAAAAUGCUUGUUUAUUA